AUGACAGAAAAUAAUUCAACAAAAUAUAAUAGUCAAUACUGUUAUGGAUGUCAAGCUUGCUUAUAUUGCGGUGUUGUCUUUAAUUGUCUCUGUGAAAGAGAAAGGAAGCCAAUAUCAAAGUCCAAGAGAAGGAGUUAUAGUCGUAUUUACACUCCAACACAAGAUAUUUCUCAAACUAACUUCUUAAAAGAAAAGAACGAUUUAUAUAGUUAUGGAAUUGACUUUAACCACACAUUUAGUUUUUCAUUUUGUUCAAAGUGUAACAGUAAAUAUCAACGUAUUAAAUCACUCACAAAAAUUACUGAAACUCCGAUAGACAUUAUUACAUUAGACACUAAUUCUUCUGACACUGUCACUGGGACGAAUAUUUCGAAUUUAAAGUUUAAGCUACUAAUUAAACUUAAUGAUGGUAGUACUAUACCUGCUAAGUGGAUAAAUCUUAUAUUACUUGAGUUUGAAGAAUUUGAAAAUUUUCAAGAGAGAAUACUUUGUCAAAUCCGUUCUUUAUUGGAUGACGAUACAAUUGAGCAAAAAAGUUAUACAUUAUCAUACAAGAUCUCUGUGAAUAGUCCUGGUACACAGCUUUGUGAUGAUUCCGAUUUUCAGAAACUUCUUGAAGAGUAUGGAAAAUACUGUAUUAAAGCGUCAAAAAAAGAAACAAUGGUUAUUGCUCAUAUGAAGAAGGAGAAGAACAAGAAACAUUCACGAAAGAAGCCUCGUCACUCUAAAAGAAAGAACCUAGAUUCUGAUACGUCUGCAUCAUCAUCGCAAUCAUCGCAAUCAUCGAUAGGAAAAAACAAGAAAUCAGUAAGGCAGACAAAAUUCCCGCAUAUAUCAAAACUCGAUUCAAUGGAACAGGAAAAGGCUGAGAGAAUUAGAAUCUUGCGUGACAAAUACCAUUGUAUUGAACAUAGGCAACCAUGCUAUAUUUCAGAUAAUAUGCACCUCCGGCUGUCACCAAUGCAUCUAACCCUCUGGGCACAUGAAUUGGUACGAGGCUUCACAGAUAUCAACACUCCACCCAUGCAUGCCAUUUUUGGUGCAUCGACUUUGAAAAAAAACCAUUGUCCGUCCUCACACAUAAAUAUACGAUCCACCUCACCACCCAUCAUGAACAAAACUCCAAGUCUAUCUCAAUUCCUUCAACAGUUGGACGAUAUAUAUGGUAAGGGAAUGUAUACACGCUUUGAGGGAGCCUUUCUUCAGGAAGACAUUGCUGUUGUUCACAUUAAGGAUCUAAGUGAUGUCGAAUUUGAGAAAUUAGGAGUUACGAAAAUUGGGUGGAGACAUACAUUGAAACAGGCGGCAAGUCACUUUCAGUAA